GUUUUUAGUUUUUUCCAGCAAAUUCUGAGGCCCUACCGCGAAAAACGAACAUGGAAAUUCUAUCAUCUAUUUUAUUCUUCUAUCGCUCGAAUUAUCAAGAGUGAUAGAGAAGCAGAUUACAAAAUUUCGAUAUCGCCGUUGGCCCUCUCUCACUGUCAGUCUAUGGUUAGUCUUCUUUCUUCUUGUUUUGUUUCAUUCAAUUCAAUCUACUGUGAAGUGUGAAUUUUCCCGCUCAAAUAAGCAAAGUUUUAUAACUAUAAUAGUACAAAACUGUAACAUAGUGUUAGAAAUGCCUAAAUCAGAAUAUAACAAUUUGUUAAAAGCUCUGGACGAUAUGAAUAAGUGUUUAUUCUGUGUGGAAUGCCAUCAGUUUUGCAAAAAUCCGGUUACGCUAAGUAAAUGUUUCCAUUUGAUCUGCUCUGAGCAUUUUCCAAAUAUGUCUCAUUGUCCGAAGUGUAAAGCGUCUCUAGUAGGCUGUACAACUUGCUCGGAUGACAAAUUAAAUGGUGCAGUUCACGCCGCGAAGAACUUGUCGGUAAUGUUCGAGCAUUUCAAGGAAAAUAAUACUUGCGAUUCUGUUGAUUCUAUCGACAAAUCGCCCGACGUGGUCGCUAAGACUGAACCUUUGUCUGACACGCCUUUACCUAAUGCUAAAGCGCUCAAAGAUAUUUUAAAUAAUUCGUCAUUAUCCUUAGCUUCAAAUAUUUCUAAGGCAAGUAAAAUAGUCGAGAAAAGAAACCACAAAGGUGAGACAGCAUUACACAUCGCCUGUAGAAUGGGAAAAGCUGAUAGAGUAGCCAAACUGUUGAGUGAAGGGGCAAGUACCAAUACUAAAGAUAAUGCAGGAUGGACUCCGCUGCAUGAGGUGGUGCAGAAUGGACGGCAGGACUUGGUUAGGCUUUUACUUCGGCACAAUACACUUGUCAAUGUCCCUGGGCAGGGCAAUGAGACUCCCUUACAUGAAGCCAUUCGGUACCACCACAUAGACAUUGCAAAAGAUCUUGUUACUCAUGGAGCUGAUAUCAAUGCUAGAAACUGUAAAGGAGAAACACCACUAAUGCUUGCUGCUCCUGACUUAAGAGCUGUAAUUCAAGAUGUUGCUGCGAAAAGAAUUAUAACAGAAGAUAGUUUUGAUUUUGAACUUGUUCGGAGGCAGAUAGAGCUGGACUGUGAAGAUAUUAGGGUUUAUUGUGUGUCACAGUCUCGAGCCAUCACCAACAAGCUGAAAGCUUUAACAAAGCGUCACAGCAACCUCCAUAUUGAACAGAAAUUCAGUAAUAAAGUAACACAUCUCAUAGUUGAUGCUGAAGAUGGCGUCUGUGACUCCAGCCUUGAAGUCCUACAAGGCAUUGUCAACAACCUAUGGAUUUUAACUACAAAAUGGGUCACUACAUCUACUGAUGAUAACUUAGCAUCCUUCGAAGAGUAUGAAGUGCUCGGUGUCAGUACAACUACAUACAGAGGCCCAAAAAAUGCACGGUACAAUAAAUAUAAGCACCUGCCUGGAAUUUUCAAUGGCUGUCACUUUUACUUCCAUAACUUUAAUACAAAAUAUAAGAUUUCAAAUAAAAUAGAAGUUACAAAAGCAAUUUUAAGUAAGCUGGUUACAGAUGCAGGAGGAGUAGCCCUCAGACGGGCCCCGAACCCAGAGUCUAUACCAGAAGCGGAGAAACUGGUGCCAUAUCAUGCACAGAGAGACGGCAAGCUGUACAAUUGUUCACAUUACAUAAUAUACAAGGACAUGUAUGAGCCACUCUAUAACAUGGCGCAUCUGAAGGCAAUGCCCAUCGGCUGGCUUAUUGAGUGCAUUGAGAAAUACCAGCUCUGUGAACCUUGGUGAAGACACAUUAGCUUUCUUUUUGAUUUAUAUGAAUAUACCUGAUACGUUAAUUAAAAAAAACCUCUACAAGCAUAAUAUUUUUUCUCAUCUAUAAAACUAACAGCUGAAAUCAUAAUUUUAAUAAGGACUGGCCAUGCUCACCUGGGAUACGGCUCUCAUUUGAUUGAUCCUGCUAUCUCUCGACAAGCUUUUAUCGCUGACUGUACUUUUCUUUCCAGAGCCAAAUAAUACUCAUCAAGACAAUUCUAACAACCAAUUAAAUUUAAUAAUUAGGUUGCGUUGUUUUAUCACUGAGUUCCUAUGGCCUCCUGUCUCGAUCAUCAGAUCAGGUUGAUGGUACUAUAAUAUUGCAUUGUCACAUAUUACAUAUGUAUGCAAAUUUCUAGCUUCAUCGAUAACUGAGAAGUGGGUCAAAUUUAUCAUGCAAGAUUUGACCCGUACAAACAUAGGUACAUAACAAGUUAAAUAAAAGCUUGUAAGAUGGUGCAUUUUCAAAACCUAUCCUAUCCUAGUUACCAAAUUUCAUCAAAAUCGGGUCAGUAAAUUUGCGGAGAAUUGACAUAUAAUAAGGCCUAAGUAUAUAUAAUGUGUAUAAUUAAAUUGCAGUCCCAUUAUUUGUAAUAAAUGUGCAAUAAAUGA